ACUGAUAACUAAACAAUCUCCCUCUAGCUCUUCUUUGCUGGGGUCUUAUCUGAUGCCUAUGAAUGUGGCAAAUUAUCAAAGAAGUGAUGAUCUUAAAGGGGUAAAAUCACAUGAUCUGAUUAACUGAAGAUUUAGGCGAUUUUACCAUUGGUGGCCGGUGUCAUGAGGAGAUGAUUUAGGCUAAAAACCCAAUUUUGACAAAAAAUGACAUAGGCGAUUAUUUUAACAGUGUGACGAUAUAUUAAGGCGGUUGCAAAACGCAAUAAUAAACACGAUAAGACGCCUUACAGUGUAGCAGAAAUGAAAACAGUAUACGUAGUUGAUAUAAUGGACAGAAAAAUCUGAACUGCAACACAAGAGAAGGAAAGAAGGAAACUUUGCAGUGUCAGUGUUGUCCUCAAGUAGCUUCUCAUACUGCCCUGACAGGUCAUGUAAGGACACAUUGGCAGGCAGCCGGGUUGGGAAACGAGUUUACCGCCAGCUUUAAACAUCCUUUAUUACCACUGGGUUUUUUUUACUGUGCCGCACACAUCUCAAUCCCUAUCAUAAAAGGUAUAUUGUAAUGGUAAAACAUUGUAUAUUUGUGUUAUUUUUUUUAACUAAAUUGUUAAAGCACACCGAGAGUCGCCGAGGAAUGACGUCAGGACGUAUCACAUUGAAUGAUGACGCCGUUUGAUCAUUAAAAAAAAAUCUGCCGUUAAAAAAUAUCAGAGAAUUAGGUCAGCAAACUAACACAGUGCCGACAGCCACGCUGGAGUGUAAGUAGCGCGUUUUUGAUUAUAUAACUUUUAACAAAAGCGCGACCUGGCCGCAAAAUAACCUGCUCAAACGAGGACAGAGAUGUCCGGUGUUUUCAGCAUCUGCAGACGGGAGCCGUAGCCGUGAGACCGGUCCGUCUGUCUGUCUGUCUGCCUGCCUCCCUCCGCUGGGUUUUUGGAGACUCGCAAGCCCCCAAAACGUUACCGCUAGCUGGUGUAGUCCCGGCCCGGCUGGGGCUGGAUGGUUAGCCGGGGGAAGGAGAGAGCCCACCAGACUGAGCCCCAAGGCUGUUCUGCUGAGACCCAGGAAAUCACUCCUCGCCUCGUCUCGACAGCCUGGUGGCAACACUGCACAUUUCAGUAGUUCCAAAAUACAUAAUUCAAGGACUAUAGCAUGUGAACACAACCACAUAAGUCAUGUGAGGCUCGAUCCUUCUGUCCCAGAUCUUCUUUACCCUGCGUAGAAGUAAACAAAGCUUAGUUUGACAAUGUCGAGCCGCCGGAAAUCGACCACCCCUUGCAUGGUGUUACCAUCUGAUGUGGUGGAGCAGGAAGAGGUGGAGGAGAAAACAGAGAAGACUAAAGAGGAAGAUGCGGAGGAGGAGGAGGGAAAGGUGAAGGAGGGAGCAGAGGAGGUACUAACCUCAGAGGAGCUGGGUCAGGCAGUAGUGGUUGUCCCCACCCCUCCAGAAACAGAGGAGCCCAGUGUCUCUACUGUGGAAGAAAGCGAAGUCCUUGCUCCUUUACUGAAGCGUGGCACUCCAAACCCUCCUGACGAUCCGAGCAGCGACCUGCCGACCCAGGAACAACAGUGUAAUACACCCGAAGAGGGUGGGGCAGACCCUGCUGCUGUUGCCGCCAUUUCCCUCAGCAAGACCCCGAUCAUGAGGAUGAAGACCAAAUCUGAACCCAAGAGGAUCGCCGUGUCUCUGAAAUCAACAGACGAGGCCGUGGAGGGUUUCGGAGGGGGUGGCGAGGGAGAGGUGGGAGGAGAUCAGGAGCCCAUCGAAGCUCCACUGGGGCCGAUGACUCCUGUGGAGAUGCUGCUGCACGACUCAAUGAAGCUCGGGGGAGGCGGAUUGCUGGUCAGCCCGUACUCGGAGCAGAGGAAAUCAGCCUCUUUAAACCCCACAGUUCUGCCCGCUGGCCUGGCACAGGUGCUUUCUGCUUUCCAGGCUCAGCAGAGUGCUGUAACAGCUCAGCCUCAGCUGCUGAUUCCCCUCAGCAGCAUCCCCUCCUACAGUGCAGCUAUGGACACUAACCCCCUGCUGGGCAACACAUACAAGAAGUUUCCUUACCCCUCCACGGCCGAGAUCAACAGCCUGGCAGCGCAGACGCAGUUCACAGAGGAGCAGAUCAAGGUGUGGUUCUCAGCCCAGCGGCUGAAGCACGGUGUGAGCUGGACUCCAGAGGAAGUGGAGGAGGCCCGGAGGAAACAGUUUAAUGGCACAGUGCACACUGUGCCUCAGACCAUCACUGUCAUACCUGCUCACCAGCUCUCAGCAGCUACCAAUGGCCUGCAGUCCAUUCUUCAGACGUGCCAGAUAGUGGGCCAGCCUGGCCUGGUGUUCACACAGGUCGGCCCAGGAGGGCACCUUCCAGUGACCAGUCCCAUCACUCUGACAGUGGCAGGGCUGCCCAGCCAGUCCCAGAGCUCCAGCAGAGUUUCCUGCCAACCCACCCCAACAAACAGUGAGCUGAAACGAGCUACCACUGUCCAGCCCCCCUCUCUUUCUCCACAGGAGAACUCGGCCCUCAGUGCUGACACAUUCAGUUUGCGGCCUAAGAAGUCCAAAGAGCAGCUGGCAGAGCUGAAAGCCAGCUACCUGAAAAACCACUUUGUCACUGAUGCAGAAAUUUCCCGCCUGAUGAAGCUCACCAACCUCACAAAGGGCGAGAUCAAGAAAUGGUUCAGUGAUACCAGGUACAACCAGCGCAACUCGAAGAACAGCCACGUCAUUGUUUUCCAUGACGGAGGGGGCAGAGGAAGUGGCAGCUGUGGUAGCAGUGCUAGCACCACCAUUGUUAUUGACUCAAGCGACGAGACCCCCACGUCUCCCCAUCCUCCGCGCACUCCUCCUGCGAAGGAGAAGGAGACACGGCCAAAAACAUGGAAUCCGUUCCCAGAUUUUACCCUGCAGAAGUUUAAGGAGAAGACUCCUGAGCAGCUGGUGGUGCUGGAGGAAAGUUUCGAGAAGGGCAGCACCCCAUCAGAUGAAGAACUGAGCCGCCUGAGGACAGAGACUAAACUAACGCGGAGGGAGAUUGAUGCCUGGUUCACUGAGAGACGAAAAAUGCCAUCUGUCAGUACUUCCUCCCCAGAUUCUUCAGAAGGAGGAAAGAUGGAGGCAGACGGAGCAAAAGCAGGAGAUGGAGCAGCAGGAGCCAGUUCUUCUUCUCCCUCUGCCUCCUCGUCUCGUAAAGGUAGUCAGACUCCUCCCGGCGGUCGCAGUAAGCCGCUGCCCACCAGCAGCAACAAAGACCUAAAAGAUAAGAGUAAAAAGACUCCAGAGCAGCUCCAUAUUCUGAAAAGUGCCUUUGUGCGGACCCAGUGGCCAACACCAGAGGAGUACGAGCAGCUGGCAGAAGAGAGCGGCCUCCCUCGGUCCUACAUCGUCAGCUGGUUCGGCGAUUCUCGGUACUCGUGGAAGAACAGUAACCUGAAAUGGUACUUCCAGUAUCAAAGUGGCAAUGCCGAAGGGCCAAAUGGCGGAGGAAGCAAUAAAAUGGCAAGCAGCAGCGGCACCGGUCGCAAAAGACGUGGCCGAAAUCGUGGUUGGGGGCGGUCCCGAACCAGAAAGCAGCCAAGAAGGUCUGCCUCUUCCAGUACAGAUGUCGAUAAAUGUCCCCCUUCAAAGAAAUUCAAGAGUGGGAGGGAGAUUCUGAAGGAGUACUACCUGAAGUACCGUUUUCUCAAUGAGCAAGACCUGGACGAGCUCGUCACCAAGACCAACAUGAGCUAUGAACAGGUGAGGGAGUGGUUCGCAGAGGUCCAGCGACGCUUGGAAAUGGGGUCUGAUCCCUUCCUGGAGGCGACUGCAGGAAGGACAGAUGGAGAUGAGGCAGGAGCGGCACAGGAAACGCAGGGAGAGGCGUCAGCAGCCACCGAGGAGCAGAGCGGCACAGGUGCGGGAGAAGAGGAGGAUGAGGAAGAAGAAGAUGAGGAGGACGACAACGACGAUACGGAUGACAGUGAGGUUUGGGAGCCGUCACGUAGCGUCAGGAAGUCAUUGUCAGUCUCUGAAGACUAAUAGUGGAAAACACGUUAAGAACAUUACAGAAUGUUACAAGAGAAUAGUGGCAUGAUCAAUGAUAGAAGCCACUGAUUUGCAUAUGUACUCAUUUGCAACAUUAAUUCACUGUAUUUUCAAACUAUUUCUGACUUCACAUCUACAUGACACUAACACAUGGACUAUUAGCUUUAGCUCACUCUCUUAAUACUUACCUUAUUUACUGUAAGUUGUAAGAGUUUUUAGCAAAACCUGGCACACCAAACUGAUAAAAUUAUAAAAGAAAACACAAUUUUUUUUCCAGAAGGAAUACCAUAAAGUGCAAUCUUCAAGCUGAAGAUGAAAACGGUAUCAAUGGCUACCCAAAAAAGAUGAUGUAUGAGACACAUCUGCACAUUUGAUUGCAAUUGAUUAAUACUGUCUGCUGUAAAUGAGAUAUUUGUAUGUCCACCCUGCCCCUUGUUAAAUUUGCACUCCUUGCUUGCUCAUAGAAGCCAGUAAGGGAGAUUGAUUUACUACUUAUGCUGCAUUUCCUUGAGAAGGAAAAACUGGAGCCUGUUAUGACAGGCCUAAAUUCAAACUUCGAUUUACAACAUAAUGAAUGUUUCACCCCUGUUCUAAACUAGCAACACACACACAGAAACAAAAGACUCAUCUGUGGUUACAAAGGUGCUUAAAAACAAAUCACAGCUAGAUGUCACUGCUGAGCAAUGUCCCCAAUGAAACUGGCAUACAUCUGUUUGUGGAACUGGUUGAUUUUACAUGUUACAGCAUCUUUUUUUUUCUAGCACCACAAGGACUGGAUAUGAAUGAGCAGGUUGUUUGAGCUGACAUGGAUUGAUUAUGACACUGAAAGUGAGGCUUUUUAUCUCUCAGAGGUAAAAGCCUAAAACGAUAUGAGACAAUGUACUUUACUGCUGAAUGAAUGCCAAUGCCAUGAUGCUUUUAAACACAAGAUGUCUACUCAAGUCUUCCCUUUAUAGCAGCCUUUUGUUUCAUUAGUAGUAUUAUAGAUUUUUGACUGAACACAUACAGAUCUGAUGGGAAAAUGCCACAGUAUGUGUUCAGUAUGCACUGCUAGUAAUGUUUUUAAACUAAUUUUUUCACCUUUUGAUAGAACACAUCCUGUGCUAUUAUGACCUUUUUAAAGUGUGAUUCAGACAGUGUGAGGCUGUUGUCCCAAAGUUGAAUGUGUUGUCUCCUGAGCAGUGAGCUACAGUUUACAGUUUGAGGCACCAGAUGUGAACUAAAUAGUGGCCGCUGUGAAGCAGAUAUCUGAAAUAAUAAUAGCAACAGACAUAUUUCGCUGCAGUGCUUUUGCUUCAAAUCUCUGAUAAGUUCAAUGAAUGGAUGGACUGAAUUUUAAGAUGGAAAAUGCAGCAUUGCAGAGUUGUACCCAAACCAUGUAAAUGUAAGCACCAGCUGCGGCUCCAGUGUAAAUUUAGAGUAAGUCGAUCCAUAAGUUGUCACCUUAACUGCAAUCUCCACCAAAUCACCAACACCUUGCCUUUAGGUUUGAGCGCAUCUGCUCAUGUCAAAAACAAGGCCUGUGAAUCAUUUGAGGUCUUGACCCGUACUUUAAAGGGAUUGUUCGGAAUUUUUUGAAGUGAUACUGUAUAAGGUACUUAUCCAUAGUCAGUGUAUUACUACAGUAGAUGGCAGUCAGCACGGCAAAAAGAAAAAAAGACCCUUAAAAAAAAUCUGUAUUUGUUGUAAGUUUACACUACAGGUGCAUCUCAAUACAUGAGUAUAUCAUUGAAAAGUCAAUUUCCAGUAGUUCAAGUCAAAUAGCCCCAACCAAGUAUUGAGUGCAAAUAGAUGGACAAACUUUUCAGAGGCCAACAUUUCCAUAUUAAACAUACUUUUUAAAAUUGGUAUUUUGUAAUAUUACAUUUUUUUAAGUCACUAAAUUUUAGUUCUUCAUUAAAUGUAAGCCAUAAUCAUUAUAAUUAGAAGAAAUUAAAUAAAUUAAGACAUGAAAUGUUUCAUUCUGUGUGUAAUGGAUCUAUAUAAUGUGUUAUUUCCACUUUUUGAAUUGAAUUACUGACAUAAAUAAACUUUUCUAUGAUAUUCUACUUCAUUGAGAUGCACCUGAAUAUUUACACCAGUUUACCUUGUUGUCAGACAGCCCUUACCAACAGGAAACUGAAGUUGUUAUAUCCAUUUGUGCUUUUUUCAAAGCCCACUAGGCUCCAUCUACAAAAACAUUUUAUUUCCCAAAACAUGGGAGUUUCUGGUUUAUUGCUGCCUCAAUUUGUAAUUUUGUUUGUGUUAUUGUGUGACUUGGUGAAAACGAACUAACCCUUUAAAACACCAAAGUCAACAAAGUAACCGAUCGAGGCAGCAGGAAAAUGACUUGUUUCUGUCAUACUGUUUGAGUCUUGUGGCUUUGAAGAGAGCAUAGAUAACUAAGGUUGAACAUUGCACUUUUUUGGUGGCUAAAAUAGGUUUUGCUGCCCCCCCCUUCCCUAGCAGUACGUUGCUUAGCCUCGGUUCCAGUCUUUCUGCCUGCUUCUCCAAAUUGGAGCCAUGCCGACCGGCAUCUACUAUAAAUAUUACACUGACUAGCAAUCAGUCCUUCUUACAACCCCACUUUAUAAAAUCUUUACUAUCCCUUUAAGAAAGACUGUUAAACAGUGUUUCAAAUAAAAGUUCAAGUCUGCACUGAAAAGACAAACGUGAAGCACCUAAACUAAACUUUUAAAAAAUGCACUUUGUCCACUUGUAUACAUAGUGGACUAAAUCCUGAUUUGGCACCUUAAUCUCUUAUUAUACCAUAAAAUGGCUCUGAGAGACCAAAUCUGUUUUGUAUGAUGACAAACUGAACCAGUAUUUUGCCUUUUUUAUCCUCUGUGUGUUUUCAUGAGGAGGAAUCAAUUUAUCCACUUUUCUAAAAAAUAUGUGUUGUUUCAUAGUUGGAUGUUUGUAAGGCUCAAAACUAGUAGAACAAUCACCCAUCGCUUUCUUUCGCUAAAUUGCACAAUUUGAGCCCAUUUUAAAGCUUUUCUCCUUUUGAAAAAUGCACAUGUGUUAUACUUGUUUUGUAUUGUUGCUUUAAUAUGGGAAUUGUCUCCCAUUUCUUCUUCUCUGCUCCCACAUACCCCUGUCUGACUCUAUACCCCUCUCAUCCAGUCCACUUUUGUAAAAUGAAUGCCUAGACUCAUGAUGUGCACUUCCCAAGACAUGUUUCUGUAAAUGUUAGCAGUGUCCUGUUGGUUCUCUGUCUCAUUAAGCUGCCUAUGACACAGGCAGACAGAUGGACAGACAAACAGGGCUAUAAGGACGUCUUCAAAAGACUGAAACUGUUCAGAAAAUUCUUGCAAAAUUCACUUUCUAUCGUGGAAGGAAUUGUUGUGAUGCCUGAAGAAACAGCACAGCAUUCCCUCUGUGGCGGGAAGUCUACCAAAUAACACUCCCUUUUUCUGUUUUCCUUCCGCUUUACCGCAUCAGAUUUACAGGACAGUGGACUAAAAACCACAGUUCUUCAGAAAAAGGGGAGAGACUCAGAUGAAGCUUUGCAGAUAAACCUAUGUGCCUAAAUGGCUUGUACGCUUGUUUGAACAGAAUUUCAGACUCUCGAUAGAAGAUGACGAGUGGGUUUGUGAAUGAUUUGGAAAUCACAUACUGUUGGGUGAAUCUUCAAACUAAGUUGUGAUGCAUGACCGAGCUCUGCUUUCUGCUGACGCUAAAAGAUGCCUAGAUACUCUGAAGUUGACAUUGGAAACUUCUGUUCUAAGUCCUUAAACGGAUACCUUGGUGUUCCUGGUUGUAUUGUGUUUUUUCACCAAGCACUUGUCGCACCACAUACUGGCACCUUUAGCUGUCCAAAAAACAAUUUGAGUUAUUUUGAGAGCAAAGUUGUCUAGAUUAGCUAGUUUAUAGCAACCAAAGGAGAGCUGAAAUCUUCAAACUUUUUGUUGUGAUGUGACAAGUGCUCGGCCAUGAAAACGUACAAAUGCAAAAUGUUAAGGUAUACCCUUUGUCUAAUACUGCAUGCAAUAAUUAAGACGAACAACUGCUCAUUUUGUACAUACAAUAUUUUGGGUUGGUAUACUCGGCACAGUCGAAGCCUAAUCUGGGAUUAAUUAUUUGUGUAGCUUUAAUAAUACCAGUUACGUUUCAUUCAUGGACCUGUUUUUAAAAAAAAUAUUUUUCAAAUCAUGGACACAUUUUCAGCAAGGAGUCCUGAACUAUCUACAGUCAUUGUGUGGUAGCUGUUUUGUGCCCUUUUGUUAAAUCCUGGUAAUUCACAUGCUACAAACUGGCUAAUUUUAGUCCACAGGUUAGGCUUCAUCCUGCCCCGGGUAUCCAGCCAACAGUCUUUUACAGUGUGCUCUGUCUUUACUAUAGUCACUCUGUUUUGAAUGGUUUUAUAUGUUUCUAUCUAUUAAUACUGUGUCUUUACAACUCUUUCCAGACAUCAGUGGAUUGCUUGUUAACAAGACAGACUCAUACAAUAUGUAUAAUAGAGUAGUGUUUUUGAAAUAGAAUCAGUUUUAGAGUUCAGCCAGUGUGACCCGAGUGACUUUUUGGUACUUUGGUUUAAAAUAAAUAAAUAAAUAAAAUAGAAUCAGAACUCAAGAGAGAAGACACACACUUAUUUGAGGGGAGUGCUAAACGUUGUGGUACAGUAGGGCUGGGAAAAUGUAUUUUGCUUGCAUGUAAUGUGUCAAAAAUUGAGAAAUGACCUUUAUUUUUAAGAUUUAGGGCUGCCAUUCAAUUAAAUACAAUUAACUAUGUAAUUGCACAAUAUGCUGUAACUACUCACAAUUAAUCUUAUUUUUUUCAUCUUAAAACCAUAGCUUGUAAUAAUAGAUAUUUAGUUGUAAAGGGCAGACAUGCUUCUACCCAUAGAGCCACUGAACCCAUUUUAUUUAGAUAUCGCAGCAGUUAGUACCAAUGGAUUCCUGAGUUCUGAGCUUAUCUUCAUUGUAUCUUUAUUUUAAUACUUAACCUACUACAGCCUGGAACUUUUUUUUUUUAAAUAAGUUUUAUGUGUGAAAUAUUUCAAAUCAAAAGCAUAAAUUAACAUGUUAAUUUUGAUCACACUAAGAAAGAUACAUUAAGUCUAACAGAAAAAAAUGCUUAAAACCUGAAGAGGAACACAGUUGCUGUCUGGAUUUAACGCAUUAACUUACUUUACUCCACCGUCUUUUGCCUUUUUCGAAAUGUAGGAUCUCAUACUAGAGACUAAAAGUCAGGAUAUUUUCGCCUCUGCUGCCAAACCUGUCCCCUAAAAAUGACAUUGGCAUACAAGAAAACUGCAUUCUCAAUAAUGUUUUGAGGGAAACUUAUUCUCUUCCAGAUUACGGUCGUAGUUUUGAACAUGUGGUUAACAUUGUGCUUGGUUUGGGUUAAAAUAAGCGAAUGUUUUUUUUUUUUACAUAAAGCAAUUUAACUUUGUUAUGUUUAACUUGAUACAAGUCAGCAUUGACUUUUGGUUUCAAAUGGGACACAGCUGUCCUGUGUUUGUUUGACCCAUCCAUCCUCACUGAGCUUCUCUAGCUUUUGACUAGAAACAUUUUUGUGAUCCUCAAAAAAAAGGUAACUUAAGAACUUUAAUGGAAUGGUAGCACUAAAUCGCUGGAGUACCCCUUUAAGGAUUUUUUAUCCGUUAGACACAAGAUAGAAACCAAACCAGCCUGGCUUGGCUUAAAUAUACCUUCUAUUCUAAAAUAUGAAUCCUGCAUACCAGUAUCAUGUUUUCCCAGGCCCUGAGGUGUCAUGUCUCUGAGUUGUGAUUUUAUAUCUAACAGUCAUCAUGUAUCCCAGUUAACCUUGUGCAGUAGAACUAAGAGCUAACGUUGUGAUCUGAGUAGUUUACCUGAUGUCCUCUUGUGUGUCAUAUCUGUAUCCUUAGCUAUACUUCUGAUAUAGUACUCACUUGUUUUCUGUAUUUAGACAGGUAGUUGGUUGAAUGUUUCUUACAGCAAUCUGAGAUUCAAAUGUUUUCACUAAACAACAGCCAGCUUUUCUGGCAAAAAAAACACCUUGUCAGGAUUGUAAUAUACUGUACGUAUUAAUGUUGUUGUUUUUUAACUCAUUCACAGUGGAAUUUUCACCUUCUGGUUUUUCUGAUCUAAUUUCUAUGUGUUGACAGUUUUUACCCCAAGUUAUUGCUUCUAAAGAGCGUGCUUUGCCUAUAACAGUUUUCUCUUUGUUCUGGUUUCAAUACAACUUGUGCUUCUCGACCAGUUUUACUGAAUGAUGACUGUGAUCUCUUAGCUCCUGUAUGUAGUUACAGUUGGUUCCAUAGACACAGAUACUGUAGGAAGAAUACAGUAAUCUAACUGCAUCCUCUUAAAAACAGGGUAAGUGUUCAAUUAUACACAAUACAUAUUUACUGUGUCAUUUUUUAAUGUCAGUCCUGACAUUAAUGGCAUUUAGUCUCUUAGACCUUAAAAAGGCCUACCUGGUAUACCUGAUUGAAUUGACGACUAAAAUUCCUUAACAAAACCAUUCGAAUUGGUGUCAUUCUGUGUCUAUGGAACUGACAUUUCCAUGUACAAUAAGUUAUUCCUACUCUCUGUCUGUCUGUACAUCUGAAAUGUGUGAGUAUCAGUCAGAGAUGGUGAUUAAACAUGGUAUGUAUGUGCGUUCGCCUCUGCAGGCUUGCUUUAGAAAGCUAACAAUUCCUUUUGCAGUCCCUGCAAUCAUCAGCUGUGAGGCAGACUAUUUGUGCAAUGUUAAUUUAAAACCCCCAGCUUUUAUUGAGGCUCUAGCUUGAUUUCUAGCUUGAUUUAGAAAAGAUUUAUAUUUUUUACUUGUUUGAGGACAAAACCCAAUAAAUUUUGAUCAAAAGAUGUGCACUUGUGAGCAACAUUUUCCAUGCUUUGCUUUGAAUAAAUGUGAAAUGAACCA